GAGUCAGGCAUAAGCCCCGCCUACUUGAAUGUUGUCUCGCUGUGGCCAUUUUACACUUGGAUCCUCGAGAAAUAAAACACCCUUUUCACUUGGGCUUCAGCGUGACAUUUAAAGAGCUAUCGUCGGUUGCAUGUAAUAGGGCAAGAGAAAGCAUAGAAACAGGGAGCAGAGUCAGUGGAUCGACAUGGACUAUGAGAGGAGGGGUGGGCGAGGUGACCGUAUAGGUCGCUAUGGCAACACCCACAACGAUCACAACUUUCGGGACAUGGACUACCGAGACUACGGCCAAGAGGAUGAUGAGGCAGGACCAGGAUAUGAAGUCAGAGCAGAGGGGGACCGACCGUACGUCCGUGACCAGCAGUCACUCCUUGCCCCUGACUUCUCACCAGGUCGUCUCCAAGAUCACCCUGGGUUUCACCAGAGAGGUGAUGGUCGAGGGGACAUUGCACAUGAGGGGAAAGGGCUCCAGUGGCCCCCUUGCUCUCAGUCACAGCCUGAUCUAGCCCUUCCCUUGCUCCAGAGAGAGGAGGAGGGAUCCAGGCGGGAGUUUGAGCAGUUACGGACUGGCCUGCAGGAAAGGGGUCGAGGGAAAGGCGGAAGAGGUUUCCCUGACAAUAGUGCCCCUCACUCAGGGAGUAGGGAAGGCAACUGGGGUCACGGUGGUGCUCAUUCUGAACAGAUGGAGUACAAUACAGCCAGACCGAGAGAAGAGGACAGGUUCCUUCGUGGGACGGUGAAGAGGAGGUCUUUUCCAGUGGGGUCAGUGGAGCAUGGUUGUGGGGGUGCUGGUCCUGACUUGCCCCUUGACGAGUUGGAUCAGAGGGACCAGGACUACCGUGCAGAUCUAGACCACAACCAGAGGCCCAGCAACAUCAUAAUGCUUCGCAUGCUUCCACCCAAUGCCACAGCCAAUGAGAUCCGGGCACAGCUUCAGGAGCAGGGAAUCCAGCCUAGAGAGGUUCGCCUUAUGCGGAACAAAUCAUCAGGUCAGAGCCGAGGAUUCGCCUUCGUCGAGUUUAAUCUCAUACAGGAGGCCACCCGCUGGAUGGAGACCAACCAGGGAGUGCUUUUGAUUCUGGGACAGAGGGUGUCAAUGCACUACAGCGACCCAAAACCACGUGCCAACGAGGACUGGCUCUGCAACAAGUGUGGUGUGCAAAACUUUAAAAGGAGAGAGAAGUGCUUCAAAUGCAGUGUUCCUAAAUCAGAGGCUGAACUGAAGUUGCCCCAGUUGCAGAGGGAUUUGCCUGUUGGUCUUCAGAAAGAGGGAGCCCAAGGCUUACUGCCCUUGCCAGCACCCUAUCACUCUGCUGGUCCUGCUGUCACCCCAGGACAAGCCACACAGCAGGCAGAUGUUGCCAAUGACACUCUGAUACUUAGAAACCUUGGUCCUCAUACUUCAGUGGAAGCCAUCUUAUCUGCUUUGGCUCCAUUUGCCACACUCUCCCCCUCCAAUAUUCGCCUAAUCAAGGACAAGCACACACAUCUCAACAGGGGAUUUGCCUUCCUACAGCUUUCUACCAUAGUGGAGGCAUCUCAGCUUCUCCAGAUCUUGCAGGCUCUCCAGCCAGCUCUCUCUAUUGACGGAAAGGCCAUUGUGGUGGAGUAUGCCAAAGGCUCCAAACGUGAUGUGUUCCUGACUGAUGGAAGCAGAGUCAGUGCUGCUACAGUGGCCAGCACAGCUAUAGCUGCUGCACAGUGGGCUGUCACACAGACUGCUCAGAACGGAUCAGGUGCAGCCCAGAGUAUAGAUACAGCAGUGUAUCAGCAGGGGGCAGCAGUAACAUACAGUCAGGAAGGGCGUGAAUACUCUGGGCCAAAUGGCACAACCUUUAAGGCACAGGCAGAUGCCAGGGUUCCUGCUUUGCCCAGUGCUGGAGCAGCCCUGAUGGGGGCAUACACAGGAGGAGCUGCCCCAGCUGCCAUUUCAUCUGAGGCAGUGACAUCUGGAUCAGCGGUCGUGCAGCAGCCUCUCACUCAUACACAGACUGCUCUCAUCACCACAGCUACCGCCAUUCCAGCCACACAGGUUGAGAUAGUGGGAAAACCACAACCAGCUGCUCCCAGUCAACCUGCUACCCCAGGGACUGAACAUGAGCUCCAGCAAUACCCUGUGCCAGAUGUGUCCACAUACCAGUAUGAUGAAAGCUCUGGCUACUAUUACGACCCACUCACAGGACUCUACUAUGAUCCUAACUCCCAGUACUACUACAACCCUCACACUCAGCAGUAUAUGUACUGGGAUGGAGAGAAACACACCUACAUUCCUGCUGCCAGCCAGUCAAACGCCGAAGGGGCUUCCAUGAGUGAUAGCACCACCCCUUCAGACUUACUGUUUGCUACCCCUGGCGGCAAGGAGAAAAAAGACAAGCCCAAGAGUAAAACUGCUCAACAGAUUGCCAAAGAUAUGGAGCGCUGGGCUAAGAGUCUCAAUAGACAGAAGGAGAACAUGCGUUCUGUCUCCUCCUCGCCUGCCGUCGGCUCUACAGCACUGCCUCCUGGUUACACGAGGGCACCUGGCCACAGUCGCCUAGAUGACCGCCGAGAGUCUGCUAGUGCUGAUGCAGGCUAUGCUGUUCUGGAGAAAAAGGGGGCGCUGUCUGAACGGCCACAGAUUUUUCUGGACCAGAUCCGACAAAGUGCAGAAAGUUCCCCUCCUCCACAGCAGGGUCUGGUCCCAGCCUACAGCGGAGAGACUGACAGUGAAGAAGAAGGAGGCGAGAAAGACGAGAAAGAGGGGAGAAUGACGGACUGGGUAAAACUGGCCUGUCUGCUUUGUAGGAGACAGUUCCCCAGUAAGGAGGCCCUUAUCAGGCACCAGCAGCUCUCUGAGCUACAUAAGCAAAACUUGGAGCAGAGAAGGACCCAGCAGGAAGCUGCAGGCAGAGAGAGACUUGUGGAUGGACCUGAACCACCUGAUCCUAAGAGGAGGAAGUUUAGCCCCAUUGACGGGAUCACAGGCACCAGUCUUGGUGCCAGGAUGCUGCAGGGAGGUGUGAAAAAGGGGCUUCUGUUGCGGAAUAUGCAAGUGGAGUGAGCCCUCACCCAGAAUCCUCAACACCCUGACCCAGACAGGGCAAGGACAAAGCCCAGCACACAUCUCUUCACCAUUAACAUCAUAUAGAUAUCUAUAGAGAAACCUCUUAAUUUUGGUUUGGCAUUACAAUUACCUCAACAGUGGUAAUACACGCAUAUGAACUGAUCCUGUAGCAGUGGAUGUCAGGAUAUUGCACAGAAUACACCUUUUUUGCUUUCUUCCUGAAUGAUGCAGUUUUGAGUUCUCACUUGCUUCAGAGCUUGUGUGUGAUAAACAAGCUUUAUGUGGUUGGGGAAACAUUUGCUGUAGGAAAAUGAAAGAUCAAUAGAGAUCUUUAUGGUGGCAAAUGGGAUUUUAUAAUAUUACUGUCUAUGCACCAUAGAUUUUUUUUUUAAGUUAAUGUGAUAUGCCUUACCAUUCAGUGAAUGACUGAUCUGGGCAUGAACUGUGUAUACACUUUAGAAUGAGCACUUUUAUACCACAGUGGGAACUAGGAGACUGUGGCCUCAUGAACUGGACAGGGUCACACCAACACUAGUGUGCAGGUAAAAAGUGUCUCAAUUUGUCAUAUUGCAGGUAUGAAUUCACAAUGUAAUACAUACUUAUCUCUGGAGAAGGUUAUUUUUAUGUCUGCUUUUGUUCAAUAAUGUGACUGUGUUUCAUCAAGCUCAUGUAAAUUAAGAUUAACACAUUUUCAUCAUUAGUAAUGAUUUAUGUCUUAUGUGGGCAAGCCAGUAAACAGUUUUAUUUCGACAUUUUAA